UGUAAUAGUAAUUAACUACAUACUCGGAUGAAGAAAAUGGUAGCAGUGUGCUGUGCAACAAAAUUGAAAAUUACUUUGAGCAAAACGAAACAUUUUUUAUUGACUGUUAUGCAGUUUAUUUGACAGUGACUUUAUACUAUAAAAUUAACGCCAUCUACCGAAAAAAAAGGUUGAGACGUAUUAUAAGACUGAAAGUUAUCUAGUCAACAUAAAAUAAACAUUAGCGCCAUCUAUAUUUGCGUUCCUGUACUUAAAACCACGUCAUCUGCUGCGAAGAAGAAGAAUUAAUAAAUUGAACUGAUCUUUAUUUGACGCCGAGUUAUAGAAGUGAAUUCACAGUACAAUCUAAUUAUACAAUACAACCAGGAAAAUACAUUGAGGAACUAACUGAAAUCACGACUAUGAAAAAGAAAUGUUAACGCCGUCUAAUGAAAGCUAUUGAGGUUUAGUAUAAUCGUGAAUACAGUUAAACAACGUUUUAUUUCGCCCGGACGAUGAUAUAAGAGUUUGUUAACUGUACUGGUACGAAAAUACAGUUCUCCAUGUGGUGGCAAAAUCAUCUUCAGAAGAGACCCGAACCAUCAGCCAACACCAAGAGAUCCACAGUUGCCCAAUCAUCAUCUACCAGAACAUUCGGGCAACAGGUCAUAUAGCAUUCUCGCAACUCAUAAAUAAGCACCAUCUCUUUGUAUACUAAGAAUACUCCAUUUAAUGUCCGCGCCAUCUGACAUUAAAACUGAGAACUAAAAAGUAACAGCACUACAAUUCAACUAGUUGCUUAUAAGUCUACACCACUCGCUAAGGAAAUUCAAACGAUAUCUACCAGCAUCUAUCGUCAAUGUCCAUGAGAGGUCUUAGAAUUAGACUUAUUCAUAAAAAGGGAGCAACAUCUUUUAGUAAUCCCAUCAAACCACUGAAGAAGUAUCUCCAUUUAUUGAGAACUUGGCAGUGAUUUACAUCACUUACUCCGGACAACUCAAAAGAUAACACCAACUACUGAAGAGAUUUGAAAGAUCAACGGAAUAUUAAAGUGGUACAUAAGUUAAAAAAACAACACAAUCAUUAAAAUCAUAGCCUCGCCAUCUGUUGAUAAUACGGAGAACUACAAACUAAAGUGAUCGCGCUAUCGCUAACUUUUGGCACUUCUACCGAAAGUUGAAAGUUCUGUUUACGUGUGAAAGGGCAAUUGCCCAUAAAUCGUUAUUGUUAGCUGAAAAGCGAAGUGAACCAGUGGAAAUAACAGCGGUAAUCACGGAGUUCUUCAAUAUGGUGGAGGAUACGGCGGCAACGUCCGAGCGCGUCUCGGCGGCUGCCGUACUCCAGUUCGCGGCGCGGGAGGCGCGCGAGGGGCGCCGACUCGCGGAGUUCGGGGCACAUGCGUUCGCCAGCGUCGCUUACAAUACCUAUACGGCUGUCGGCGACAUGGGUGGGAGUGGGACCAGUUCGUCCUCCUCGCACCUCUCACCAGGCUGGCAGGUCAACGACCUCGACUUGGAUUUACCCGGAGAAUUGUCUAUGAAUGAGGCGCUGCUGUCGCUUCCCUCACUGGCGGUGUUCAAGCAAGAAGCGCCCUCCCCCACCGGCGCCGUGCUGUCGCCGCCGCGCCGCGCCUGGCCGCGCCGCCUGCCGGACAGACAGAUGAGCGACAUGGUGGUGGACGGCGCGGAGGAGGAGCAGCAGUCCCCGCCGCACGCCGCGCUCAUGGCCCCGCACGCCAACAGCCCUGAAAGUAUGCAAUGCCAACCCACCCUGCAGGGCAAUAUGAUGCCAAUGAGCGGUUACCAUUCACCCCCCGCACUCGACAACAAAAACGGCGGCCUGCUGAUGUGUUCGCCCGUGAGUUCCCUGGACGGGUUCCUGCAGUCGCCGGCACACGCGCGCGCGGAGCCCAGCUUCAAGGACGACACCAGCGCGCUGGGUACAGAGUAUUGCUGCGGGCGCGGCAGCCAAUGGGACGGGUGCUAUGACGGGCCCCACACGUUCAUAACCAAGUUCCAAUACGUGCUUGCGGCAGCCACAUCCAUCGCCACUAAACAAAACGAAGAAACACUGACGUAUCUCAACCAGGGGCAACCUUAUGAAAUCAAGCUAAAGAAGUUGGGAGACCUGUCCCAUUAUAAGGGGAAGAUAUUGAAGAGCGUGAUCAAGAUAUGCUUCCACGAGCGACGCCUUCAAUACAUGGAGCGCGAGCAGAUAGCCCAGUGGCACGCCGAGCGGCCGGGAGAACGCAUCGUCGAGCUGGACGUCCCUCUGUCUUACGGCGUGACCCGAGUCCAACAGCCCGCGUGCCUCAACUCGCUGCACGUGUACUGGGACCCCACCAAGGACGUCGGAGUCUACAUCAAGGUGAACUGCAUCUCCACGGAGUUCACAGCGAAAAAGCAUGGCGGCGAGAAGGGCGUGCCGUUCCGCAUCCAGGUGGAGACCUACCUCGCCAGCGACGACCACGCGCGCCUGCACGCCGCCGCGUGCCAGAUCAAGGUGUUCAAACUGAAGGGAGCUGACCGCAAACACAAACAAGACCGCGAGAAGGUGAUGCGGCGCCCGCGCUCCGACCUCGACAAGUACCAGCCCGGCUGCGAGGCCACUGUGCUCACCACGCUGUCAAACGACGCGCUGAUGCCGCCCCCGUCUCUGGUCACCUCUUCACCCCCGUAUUCGCCCGAGUUAUGCGUGGUCCCAAAGACUGCCACUAGCCCCAUAGGAAACAAACCUUUGCCACAACCUGCCAUACUUGCUUCUUCGAACCAGAUGAAGCCAUUAUAUUGCCAAGACGAGUCUGAGAUGAAAGUGACCACUUCGCCAUGUCACUCGCCCGGCGCCAUCCUGCCUGAUCUGCCGCAACCCGCCGAGGAUCCAGACAAGAACUUGGGCCUGCCGGCCACGGCGAGCGCGGGCGACACGGCGGCGUGGCUGGCGCGGCACCGCUUCGCGCAGCACGCCGCAACCUUCGCCAACUUCUCCGGCGCCGACCUGCUCAGACUGUCCCGUGACGACAUCAUCCAGAUCUGCGGCCUGGCCGACGGCAUACGGCUAUUCAACGCUCUGCAUGCCAAACGCAUCGAGCCGCGGCUGACCGUGUACGUGAGCGCGGGCGGCGGCGUGUACUCGGCGCUGUACCUGCACUCGUGCCGCGCGCCCGAGCUGCUGCACAAGCUGCAGGCGCUGCACCGCGCGCACGCACACGGACAUAAGGAAGUGGACACGGUGCUUGUGUCCGGACCGAACGGCGCUCGCGUGCGUCUGACGGACGAACUAGUGCGUCACCUGCCCGACAAGUCCACGUACCGCCUGCAGCGCGUCGACGACGCCUUGCUGCUCUCCAGCGAGCAGUGAGCGCACACCCCACGGACGCACUAGUGCGUCACCUGCCCGACAAGUCCACGUACCGCCUGCAGCGCGUCGACGACGCCUUGCUGCUCUCCAGCGAGCAGUGAGCGCACACCCCACGGACGCACUAGUGCGUCACCUGCCCGACAAGUCCACGUACCGCCUGCAGCGCGUCGACGACGCCUUGCUGCUCUCCAGCGAGCAGUGAGCGCACACCCCACGGACGCACUAGUGCGUCACCUGCCCGACAAGUCCACGUACCGCCUGCAGCGCGUCGACGACGCCUUGCUGCUCUCCAGCGAGCAGUGAGCGCACACCCCACGGACGCACUAGUGCGUCACCUGCGCGACAAGUCCACGUACCGCCUGCAGCGCGUCGACAACGCCUUGCUGCUCUCCAGCGAGCAGUGAGCGCACACCCCACGGACGCACUAGUGCGUCACCUGCCCGACAAGUCCACGUACCGCCUGCAGCGCGUCGACGACGCCUUGCUGCUCUCCAGCGAGCAGUGAGCGCACACCCCACGGACGCACUAGUGCGUCACCUGCCCGACAAGUCCACGUACCGCCUGCAGCGCGUCGACGACGCCUUGCUGCUCUCCAGCGAGCAGUGAGCGCACACCCCACGGACGCACUAGUGCGUCACCUGCGCGACAAGUCCACGUACCGCCUGCAGCGCGUCGACGACGAAUUAUUCUACAAGUACAAAUGCUGUCCCUCGGACUUAACUGAACUUUGACUGCUUAGUGAUUGUUCUUAAAAGUGCAGGUAUAAGGCCUGUGCACACCGGGUGCGUGUGCGUGGACAUACAUGUGCGCCUUGUAAUAUACAGAUCCUUGUGAGAGACGGCACACCGCUUGCGUCACGUGUGCGUACACGCCUCAAGCAUUAAAGUAGAAAUAAAUUAUUUCUUUUCAUUAAAUGUGAUUAAUAAUAAAUCUUAUGUUAAUUAUAAGUAUUACACAUUUCGCCGUAUUAGCAUACAAAAUAUGUACAAUUACAUCUUUAAAAAACGAUUUUAAUUUCAUUUUAGCGCACGUGCACGUCCAGGCGCUUGCACCCGGUGUGCUCUGGCUUGUAAUCUCUUGCUACCGUGCAUAUAUGGUGAGACUACUCCAAUCUGAAUGAUGUGGGACGAAUCUACAAUCGCUAAAUAAAACUGGUAUACAUUUUAAAUGAACUCGUCACAGUGAACACGUCUAGCAUAUCUUGCCAUAACUCGCGCGGCUUCAAACAUAAAGCUCGACUCGUAAUAUGUAGUCGCGUGAGACGCAACAAGGCGUGCUUGACGUGCAGCCAGAACUAAUCGGCUUUAAUUUCAAUGUAGACAUGACUAAAACAACGCUCUUAAAAAUGAGCUUCUUAAGAUAACUGAUUUACCGUAAGAUUCGGAUAUGAUGAUGUAUGAGAGCAUGAUGGUGAAUUUUAUAAACAAUUUAGUGACUAUGGGGCCAUGUUUUGUUAUACUUGUAAAAACUAACCCUCGCCUCAUCUUCGUACUAAUAUCGCCUUAUAUUAAUUCGUCAACCCUUUGAAUGCCACAUGAAAAACUCUGACGUGAUAUGACGUCAAUAUAUUUGUGGCGUACAAAGGGUUAGACAUUACUAUAAAUAAGUAGUAGUAUUGAUUUUAUUGUAACAAGUGGAUGGAAAGAAAUAGCUUGAAACAAUGAAAAUUUACUUCAAUAGGAAAGAUUUCUCGUGAAAAUGGAGUAAUUUUUAAUUUUGUCAUUGAAAAGAAUGGUAAAAAGAUUACGUAAUGUAAUUACCGAGAAGGCUAUGACUGCAUGAGACUGCCCUAAUUGCGGAUGUACACUGCGUCGAUUCUGAGUCGCUCGCCGCAUCAAUUGGUUACCUAGCAACCACUUCUUUGAUACGGCGACCGCAUUAAGUUACGUGAACCUUGUCGCAAUGCACGAAGGUUGAUUGGCUGCAGCUGCGCGCUUCAGUUGACGUCUUUGGCGGUCAAAGAGUUAAGUGAACGACCCAUUGUAACUAAAAAUGCGAGGCCUAAAAACGUGUCGGGUGUUACCGGCAACAAAGGUAUACAUUUUAUUAAUGUAUGCCAAUGUCUGGGGAUGAUGGAAAGGAAAGCACGUGAAAACUUGACUAUUGUGAUUUAUACUGAUAGGCUUGAAGAAGGUAUCCCAAAGGAUUUGAUAUUAUUAAAGUUUAAUUAUGUAUUCUAGGUUAAUAUUUGCAAUAUUGUGCAUGCUUUUAAGUGAUUAGUGGCAUACAGUAAUAGUUUUAAAUCAAAAAUUAUGGUUGAAUAUAUGUUAGUUAUUUUUAAGUAAAUACAAUAAUAUAAUAUAUCAAGUUUCUAAGUAUUGUGUUAGAUUAAAACAAUAUGUGUAAAGAGUAUAUUUGCAAUAGUCUGUAAUAAUACCAGAUGUGCUUUAACCAAAAUUAGAGGCCCAAGAGGAAAAUUAACGCUUUUUUGUAUGAGAACUUUUAAGGUAUUUUUUUUAAAUAUGAAACCCUUCAAACUCAAGAUCCCAAGUGACGGAUUUUAUCGCACAGAAACACCGUAGCGUUUACAGACGUUCAAAAUAAUCUUUGCAAAUAUUGUAUGGUGUAAUGUCGUUUAUUUACAAAUAAAUGACAGUGUGGAAGUGCCUUAACCCUUUCACUGCGCGUGUCACGUCAAUACUCGCCAAUGUCGCGUAUUGAGAGCGAUGAAAGGAUGCUGAAUGUUAACUUACUUUAUACUCUAGUUAUUAAUGAAUACGAGUUCUCAUUAUUCUUCAUCAGUAUAGAUGUUAUUGCUGCAAGAGAAUUUACGAUUCACGUAUUCUGUUCAGGUGUGGGACUCAUUUUGUCCGUUAUCGGCUCUCGACACUCGUCUUGACAGUAAUCGACUGCGACGUUAUCUCUUUCUCUGUCACUAGAUGACAUUCGUUUCGUAUACCCUUGGCAGUGAAAAGAUUAACGACUCGUAUUUAUUUUAAACGUACGUUGCUUUAACUCAAUUGUUUCACCAUUAAGUUAAGAUUUUGUUAACUAAAUAUAUAGCUAAAUAUUAAUAUAAACUAUAUGAUAGCAUGUUAUUUUUAUAUAAAAGGUUUUACAGUUAUUUUCACAUACCACAGCUCUCAGUGAAAGUGAAAGUGAAAACAAAAAGUUAUGAAAUUCAAAAUAUUGUGAAUAUGACUAUUAUAUGAUUUAUUUUUUCACAACUUUUAAGGAACAUUGAUGAAGGAAGAUGGAGACAGAAAAAAUGGACUCAUUCCUAUAAUUGUAAAACUGUGUCACUUGAUUGUAAAAUUGUGUUUGGCUAUUUCUUGAAUCUGUUGCUCAAAAAGCUCAGGAUUCAUUAUUUCGCCCUCGGCCUAAACAUGUAUCUUGUGACAUUACUUUUGACUGCCGCCGACAUAGACGUGAUAACACGUCACUUGAAGUCUGAGCGGUCAAAGGGCUAACUGAGGUGCCUUAAAAGUGCCUUUUAUGGAGACAGAUGGCGCCGUGCAUUAAAUGGAGUAUUCUUUGUAGACUAUUUUUUAAAUGUUUUAUUAAUAGUUGUUGCAUGUUUAGUAUAGUUUAUAUACAAUAGAUUAUAUAGAAUAAAUGAGUAUAUGGAUUGUGUAGUCAAUAAAUGUAUAUAAAGCA